AUGUACAAGCAAGCGACGCAGAAGACGGGCGAGGUGUUCUCGAUGCCCCCGAAGUGGCUGGGCAUGUACUCAGACUUCAUCACGAAGAACAGCAGCGCGGUGACGCAGAUUGAGUCAGCGCUGCGAUCGCUAACCUACAUCAUCCCUGGACGCUUCCGGGAAUCCGAGAUCGCAUCCGAGUCCUUACACAGCGGCGUCCAGGUUCUCUCCCUCUACCAUGACUCUCUCCUUUCCAAGGCUAUGGCGCAAAUGCCGGGGGCGCGACGACAACCCCUCACCCCGCAUCACCGAUAUACAAAGUUCUGGACCCAAAGCUCUCCGACGUACAAGCGGAUCGCCAUCGUACUCCAGAUGAUUCAGUAUACCGAGCUGCUGUGGGAGAUGGCGGCCAAGAGAAAGGGCGAGAAGGUCCGGUGGCGCGUGGUAGUGUUGCUGGAGGUGGUAAAGGCAGUAUGCCGACUGUUGCUGCUACGCUUGACAAACUCGAGACCACUUCUCUCUCCGCCGCUCCCCCAAAGAGAAAUCGACCCUAGCUCGCUGGAGGAAUCGUCAGCAUCGGCCGACGGGAUGGAUACACCACCCAGUGAGCGAUCAGUCGAGGCAGAGAACUGGACAAUGCCCAGGACAGGCCUCUCCAUGCCGAGCCUACCAGACUCUUCGGAUAUUUCUAGCUACCUCCUUUCCAAGGUUCUCACGGCGGACGAUAUCAAGCCACCCAAGGCCCUGCUACACCGAGUGAGUGGAAAGGGUGAGAUUGCGGAGACAUUGUACAUUCUGCGACCGGUCGUAUACGCUCUGGCUAUGCAACACUUUAGCGGCGACAGGAAGAGCUGGCGGCCAUGGCUUGUCGGUUUCAGCAUGGAAUAUGGGGCAAGGCAACUGGCAAAGAAGGACUUCCAAGAGCGACUAGCCGGAGGACUGCGAGGCUUGACAGGACUAGAGAAGGAGGAGCUGCGGAAGCGGGGCUGGUCCCUAGGCUGGUGGGUCAUGCGCGGCGCUUUCUACGAGAACAUCACCAAGGCUUGGAUACACUCGAUAACCGGAAAGCUAAAGGGCAAGCUCCUUCUCGACAUGGUCGGUGGUGUCAUUGAAGACUACGAGUACCUCUGGGACCAGUACUACUUCCCGACCGCCACUUUAUAA